UCUAGUUUUUCCAAGUUUUCCAGUUGCCUUUUUCAUUUUACUGCAUCCAAAGAUCAGAUAGUUCAAUUUCAUCAAUCGAGAGACGCACAAUAUUGAAAUGGCAGCUGAAAAAAAAUCCAACUCUGAAUUAUGGAGCUUAGAGAAACUUUUGGAAAAUUCCCUCUCUGGAGCUGACUUGCAAGAAUUUAACAGAAUAUACUAUGGGCGAAAGGAUCACCAUGAAAUUGAAAUUAAGAAGUCUACUCAAGGUUUUGCACUCAAAAAUAAUUUUGAAGUAGCAGCUUAUGAUUUUCCAGCUCAGAAAGAAGAAACCAGAAGCCCUAGAAUAGUGAAGGUGGGUGCAAUUCAACAUUCAAUAGCAGUCCCAACAACUAAACCAAUCACAGAACAGAGGGAUGCAAUUUUUAAGAAAAUUGAAAAAGUAAUCAGUGCAGCCGGUGACGAGGGUGUUAAUGUUGUAUGCUUACAAGAGGCAUGGAGUAUGCCAUUUGCUUUUUGUACAAGGGAGAAGCAGCCAUGGUGUGAAUUUGCAGAAUGUGCUCAAACUGGACCCAGUACUGUGUUUCUUAAGGAAUUAGCGAAGAAACACAACAUGGUGAUCAUUUCACCAAUUCUGGAGAGAGAUGAAAACCAUGGUGACACAAUUUGGAACACCGCUGUUGUUAUUGAUGAAAAUGGUAAUUAUUUGGGAAAACAUAGAAAGAAUCACAUACCACGAGUUGGUGAUUUUAACGAAUCCACAUACUAUUAUGAAGGAAACACUGGUCACCCUGUCUUCCAAACUAAGUUUGGUAAAAUAGCUAUCAAUAUUUGUUACGGCCGCCACCACCCACAAAAUUGGUUGAUGUUUGGGGUGAACCAGGCAGAAAUUGUGUUUAACCCAUCUGCGACUGUUUCUGGACUUAGUGAACAUCUGUGGAGUGUUGAGGCCCGUAAUGCAGCCAUUGCGAAUAGUUACUUUACUGUUGCCAUCAACAGGGUGGGAACAGAAGAGUUUCCUAAUGAAUUUACUUCGGGGGAUGGCAGGCCAGCCCAUAAAGACUUUGGGCACUUCUAUGGCUCCAGUUAUGUUACAGCGCCUGAUGGUAGCAGGACCCCAGGCUUGUCUAGAGUAAAAGAUGGCCUACUGAUAACUCAACUAGACUUAAAUAUGUGCAGGCAAAUUAAGGACAAGUGGGGCUUUACUAUGACACAACGUUUGGAUCUGUAUGCUGACUCAUUAAAUAAGGCUAUUAAGCCUGAUUACAAGCCUCAAAUAAUAAAAAAGUAAUUUUCAUCUGAAGAGCUUAAAGAUACUCAAGAAAUGAUUUUGACAUAAAGCUAUGUAAUAUGAAUCAUUAAUGUGCAAAGUGUAAAUGAUACACAAUCUUCCAAAUCUAUGUCACUUGUUCAAUGCAUUUUAUGGUGAUGAAAUAAAACAACAAAUUUAAAAACAUUGCAUAUCAAUGAGAAUAAUACAGAUGUGAGCUAUACAUAAAUAUAAAGUUUGUAUUGGGGCACAUCCAGUAAUUUUAUAUCUUUGUUAGAGGAACUUAUAUUUUUUUAGGAUUUUGUUACUUGUACACAAA